AAGAACCAAAACAAAAUAACAGAAGACUGAGAAGUCAGGAGAAAAUGGAUCGCAAAGGUUUUCAGUAAAACAGAGAUAUUUGUUAUCUACAGGAUUGAUAAAUUGAUCAUACAGAGAUGAGUGAGUUCAAAAUCCACCACCAUGUUAGUGAGCUGAUUAAUUUACUUGGUAAUAAAUCAGCUGAUGCAGGAGCGGAAGUCUACACUGAUAUUUUGUUGAAGAACACGACACCCUACAUCACGACGCAGGUUUCCGCUCAUCAGGCCAAGAGAAAGAUAGCCGAGUCAACAAAAACUCCUAUAGAGUUCCUAGCCAAGUAUGAUGAACUCAAGUCUAAAAAUAACAGAGAACUGGACCCUUUUGUGUUUCUCCUGUCAAAACUGUGCGAGGAGGAAGAGACAAAAGAGUACCUGGCUAAAAAUGCUAAAGACAAAUCAGAUAAAUCUGGUCUGGCCCUGGCCUCACAUAGCAGGGUCAUUUCACAGCUCCCUGCCCCGGGGGCAAAAAUCACCAUGCAAGAUUUCACCGAGUUGAAGGACACUUUGUUUAAAGAAUCAAAAAUGAUGACUGCAACAACAUCGUCAGAAAUCUUAAGGAAAGCCCUGCAGGAGAAACCAAACAAACGAAAUGUAAACAUUCCUCCUCAGCCAGACUGGUUGUUUAAGAGACCUUCCCUGACCCUGGACUUCAUUGUGGGAGUAGAUGAACCCUCUGAUCAGAAUAUUGUUCCUCUAAGCAGCAUGAAUGUACCAGCUCAGGAACACGCCAUUCUGGAUGACAUGUUGAACUGUAUGCAGGGAAUUGAGGGUAAAUACAUCCUGGCUAGAGCUCUGACAGAGAGAUACGCUCCAAAGGAAUUCAUGUUGGACCAAAAUUUGGAUCCCUCACUACAAGACCUUGUCAGAAGAAUUCUUCCACUGUGUUGUAAUUACUCUACUGUGGUGAGGUUUAUUGAAGAGAAGUCGGCAUUUGAGUAUGGACUUGUCAACCAGGCCUUGAGUGCAGCCAUGAGAACUCUGAUCAAGGAUUACAUGGUUCUUGUAGCACAAUUGGAACACCAGUACAGAUUGGGUAACCUGAGUUUACAGAAGCUGUGGUUUUAUAUUCAGCCAACCAUGAAGACACUGGACAUUUUGGCAUCAGUGGCCAACUCUGUCAACAAGGGGGAGUGUAUAGGAGGGGCAGUGUUGAGUCUCCUCCAUGAUAAAACAAGUGGACUGGUCGGGGAUUCUAAAGGACAGGAUCUUUGUCUUUACCUGACACAGUCAGCCUCAGUCCCAUAUUUUGAGAUUCUGGAGAAGUGGAUUUAUAAAGGAAUCAUCUCAGACCCAUACUCUGAGUUUCUUGUGGAGGAGAAUGAGACGAUUAACAAGGAGAAGUUACAGGAAGAGUACAAUGAUGCAUACUGGGAAGGACACUACACGAUCUGUCGGGAGCGGAUCCCAGUGUUUCUUGAACAGGUGGCCAACAAAAUCCUCAAUACGGGAAAAUACCUCAAUGUUGUACGACUGUGUGGUCGUGAUGUGCAGUGUCCCUGCGCUGAAGAAAUUGUAUACACUGUGAAGGAAAGGAAAUACUAUGAACAGAUAGAGAAGGCGUAUGAGUACUCCAGUAAACUACUGCUGGAAUUACUAGUCGAAGAGAAGGAACUGAUGGCCAGGAUCAGAUCCAUUAAGCAUUACUUCCUGUUGGACAAGGGAGACUUUAUCGUCCAGUUUAUGGACAUGACAGAGGACGAGAUGAGACAAGACAUGGAGAACAUUACACCCACACGUCUGGAGACCUUACUGGAACUGGCCUUGAGGACAAGUACAGCAAACAUCGACCAGUUCAAGGAUGAUCUCAGAGUGGAGUUGCUUCCCUUUGACCUAAUCACACAGCUAUUUAAAAUCCUUUCCAUAGAGACAAAGAAAGAAAAAGAGUAUAAAGUUGAUCCAACUGACCUUCACCUCUCUGGACUCGAGUCCUUCUCCUUUGACUACAUGGUCAAGUGGCCAGUGUCCCUGGUUCUUAACAGGAAGGCACUAAUCAGAUACCAGAUGUUGUUCAGACAUCUUUUUUAUUGUAAACAUGUAGAGAGACAACUUUGUAGUGUGUGGAUCGGUAACAAGGCAGCCAAGAUGUACUCCCUCCACUCCUCUAAGUGGUACCUGGCCGCAUUCGCUCUCCGUCAGAGGAUGCUUAACUUUGUCCAGAACUUUGAGUACUACAUGAUGUUUGAGGUGGUAGAACAAAACUGGCUUGUUUUCCAACAGAACAUGGAAAAUGUGUCUAACAUUGAUGAUGUGUUGGCGUACCAUGCUGAUUUCCUGAACACCUGUAUGAAUGACUGUAUGUUAACGGACCCCGACCUUCUGAGGAUUGUACACAAACUGAUGGUGGUUUGUGUCACAUUCUCCAACUUCAUACAGAGACUGAGUCUGAGUACAGCUGUAGAACCCGAGAGUAAACCAACUCGAGAGAGUUCUCUACAGGCCACCAGUAAAGAACACAGAGAACAGGCCAUUAAAGAAAAACUCAAAACAAAGGUUGUGGCAGAACAUGUAGAUUUGAUGAUGGCCAGUGAGAAUUUUGAGAGGACGAUUGCAAACUUUGAUCAUAAUUUCUCAGGUAAACUGAUAGACUUACUGAGAAAAAUCAUGGACCUUAGUUCAGAGAGUGGACAUCUCAAACUGCUGAAUAUUCUCUACAGACUGGAUUUCAAUGGUUUCUACAAGGAGAAGCUAGAGGCCAUGUCUGCAGAGAAGGCCAUGAUGGAAUCUUCAAUACAUAGUACAGAUUCUGGAUCAACAGGUUCAUGGCCAACAUCAUCAUUUACAUCACAGCGUCCAGAUACAGCUCAAUAUGUCCCAAGUAUCCAUAAACAAAGACCGUCAUCUAACUCAUCUAGUUAACUACUUAGUACGUUCCCAGUAUCCACAAACAAAGACCGUCAUCUAACUAUUCUAGUUAAUUACUUAGUACGUCCCCAGUAUUCACAAACAAAGGCUGUCAUCUAACUCCUCCCGUUAAAGCAGGACUUGCACAGAAUAUCACAAGUAGCAGGGAAGAAAACUAUGAAUAGCAUAAGACUUAAUCGUAUCUGAAGGCAUUUAUUUUUGGAUAUAAAUGUCCUAUUUUAAUUCAUAUGUUGCUGUAUGUACUAGUAGAUGUUAAAGCAGACAUUUUUGUGACGGGGAUCUUUUCAAAAGAAUUUUCUUAAGAAAAUUGUUCAUAUGGGAAGUGAGAACUGUUCUCAUUCAAGAAAUUAUUUUCCAGUCUGUAGCAUUGUAUCAAUUUUUUUUUAAUUCAUUCAUUUUAUUUUAAAGAAAAAAUGCACAAAGCCUUUACAGAACUUGAAAUAAACAUUAAGAUGAACUUGUCAAAAGUUUUUCACUGAUAUUGAUAAAUUUUUCAUGCAGAUGUUACUUAAUUAUAAUGAGAUAUUACUUAAUUAAGGAAUAAGAUUGUGUGAUAUACUUAUUUUUUCUUGAUAAAGAGCUUUAAAAUCCAA